CGUCCCCACCCGUGCACCCUUCCAGCCAAAUUCCUGGCGAGCAACUGUUCUCCCAGCACCGCAGCCCCAAUUAAAGCAGUUAUAAAUAGCAGGAACACCCUUGCCCUGCUGCUGCCAAGCCCCGAGUCAGCAGGCCCUCAGCAGCGCUCCCCAUCCCGCUGGAGCUGGGCUGGAAUGCUCCUGUGACAGCAGGGACAUUGCUCCCCGACUGACCCUCGCCAGGCUGAGGAGCAAAAAGGAUCCUGGCCAUCAAGAGACCCAGCUGACAGCUUUCCCCAUCCCCACACCCCCUGCCCCACAAUCCUGAUCCCUGCUUGCUUCCUGGCCCCCCCACAAGCACCCCGUACCUGGCACUGUGCUCAUGGGAAGCCCAGACACAGGAGCUUCACAAAGCUGCCUCCAUCUAACUCUGCUGUCCUAUCAAAUUAGCUUAACAGGAUGCUCUGAUGGGAUCAAACUUGGAUAACGCCUGCCAUGAGAGCCUCUUUGCCCUUGGCUCACUCAGCCUUCCCUUCCCUGGGCAACUGCUUGGGCUUCAAAAAGCUUUGGUGUUUUUUGCUUUGUUCUUUUUUUACUGACAGGCAAAAAAAAAAAGCUCUUAGCAUCCCUAUUUUAGUAAAACACCAUGUGCUUUGCUGCAUUGCAGCAGCCUCAUCUCUGGGACCCCCAGAUCAGCAAACCACACAGGGCUCUGGGAGCUGCAGGAGGGAAGAGCCAGAAGGGGAAGACCACAACUGCUCCUACUUCAAGCACUUCACUCCAGGAGAGACCUCAGAGAUAUUUGAAGUCACCACCCAGAAAGAAUACAGCAUCUCAGCUGCAGCCAUUGCCAUCUUCAGCGUUGGCUUUGCCAUCAUCGGGACGAUCUGUGUGCUCCUGUCCUUCAGGAAGAAGAGGGAUUACCUGCUGAAGCCAGCAUCCAUGUUCUACACCUUUGCAGGUCUCUGCAUCAUCAUCUCUGUAGAAGUCAUGAGACAAUCCGUGAAGAGGAUGAUUGACAGCAAGGAGACAGCCUGGAUCAAGUACAGUUACUCCUGGUCCUUCGCCUGUGCCUGCGCCUCCUUCGUGCUGCUCUUCGUCUGCGGCAUCGCCCUCCUCCUCAUCGCGCUGCCCCGCUUCCCCCAGAACCCCUGGGAGACCUGCAUGGAUGCUGAACCCGAGCACUGAUGCUCCCUGCACCCAUGAAAAAUAUCCAGAAAGUGUUCUGAAAAUAUUUGUAUUUUUUUAAACGUCUGGGUGUCACUACACAAUGUGCUCCCCGUCAAGUGAGUCAUUACUGAACCAAGGCAUGUUCGAUUGCAAUUGUUGCUUUCUUUUUCUUUUCCUCUCUUUCUUUUCCCUUUUUUCUCUCUUUUUUGAUUCUUUUUUUCUUUUUCUUUUUUUAAGAAAGCAGAAAGACGACUUAACACCCCCAUGGUUGUGUGUGGAUGGCACUGCUCUGUGCCAAUUUGGGGCUGCCCUGUGCCAAUGCAGUUGAGGGGAAAUGUGUGUCUGAGACAGCUUGGGCCACAGAGGAUUCAGCUUUGUUAUGGAGAAGAUUUUUGGUGCAGUUGGGCAUAGAUCCAUGGGGGAUAUCAGGCUUUUAUACCUUACUUGGUAGAGACUCUGUGGGGAGUCAAUAUCCCCAUUUAUGCCAUGCUCCUUCCCUCAGAAGGGUUAGCUUGUUCCCCCAGGGUAAGUUGGAGAUCCUUAUGCUUUCUAUUAAAAAGUUAACUUUUGAUAAAAAACAAAACAGAACUUUGCAUAGCAUUGGGAUAAAUCCCCCCCUCCAAAUUUACACCCUGCAGUUCCAUUCUUUUAAAUCAACCGUAAAACCCCACAAAACAGAGUCUUAUGUUUUCCUUGAACUUCACUGGCAAAGCCAAGAAGUACUGAACAUGAAGAGUGAUAUUUUCCUUUAAUAAAAAGCAUAAUCUUCUGGUAGCAUGAUUUUCUGGGAAGUUGUUUUGCUGGGUGAAUCCCUUGGCCCAUCAGAUUCUGCUCCAGGACGGCAGAGCAGCGCUG